AUGUCGAAUCUGUUUUCGGGACUCAACGCUCGCAUGCGAGCUGCACCAAGAAUAGAGCAUGCGAACCCCAUCAUCCCUAGCGAUGAACCCAUCCUCGGCGGACUCAGGCCAUCGAAUUCGGCGCCGAGGGUCUCACUCCCGCAGUCUCCGUCACUGAGUGAGUCGAUGCGCAUCACGCCGCCGACCAUCGACUGGCCUCGACCAUUGCCAUUGUGGCUGAAUCCUGCGUACUCCAAGCAUAUUGUUAAGGGGAACUUGAUGACACUGAGUGCGCGGCCAAAGACCGUCGAACAUGGAGAGUGGAUAGCACAUCAAGUGGUUGAGCAUUACCGCAUUCUGUGGAAUUUCGUUCGAGUCGUCCACGAGAAAGAGGACAACGGCAAAGCUAUUUGCAACAAGUCAAGCUGUCCCCAGAUGUCAGCCGGAACGAACCGGUCAUAUACCUGGCUCAACAAGAACCACGAGCCCGUGGAUCUCCCCGCCAACGAAUACAUGACCCUCAUGCAACGAUGGAUCUCGGGGAAAAUUGACGAUAGCUCCAUGUUUCCUACCGACCCGGACGGUGUUUCUUUUGCCCUUCACCAGGAAUACUCUGCCCCGACGGCAUCACACCUCUUCCACCAAGAUCCCGUCGAAGAGUGGCCGGGUAGCCGAAGUGGAUUCCCAAAACACUUUUCCAGCACCGCGCAGCUCAUCUUUCGCCAAAUCUUUCGCGUGUACGCUCACUUAUACUGGAACCAUUUCGUCGAUUCAUUCUACCACUUCAACCUGGAGAAGCAGCUAAAUAGCUGCUUCAGCCACUUCAUUCUUACGGCGACUACGCUUGACAUGCUGCGGCCCGAAGAGCUGGAGCCGAUGCAGUACCUUAUUGAUCUUUGGACGGCCGACGGGACCUUUCCGCUGGGCUCAAAGCCGUACUUGUAUGCAAAUGUGGAGAGGGGGAAGUAUAUAUCGUCUUUGGGUCGUAGGGUGUAA